AUGGUCCAACUAAUAACAACAACCCGCAUCCUCUCCGCUCUCGAAGCGAUCCCAACCUCCGAUCGCAAAGACCUCAAUCUCCCCGACAACCCAUCCCUCGACAGUCCCAUCACCCACGACCAACUAAUCCGUCUAUCGCGCUACUUCCGCACCGAAAAUGGCAUCUCCAACUCCGCCCGAAGCCUCAACUCCCUGCUCCACGGAACAAAAGUCUACGUUCCGCCACCGCCGCCGAAACCCGAACCCAGCCCAGAAUACCUCGCCCUAAAAGCGCGUCUCCUCGCCGCCUACGAAACAGACACCUACAACCAAAUGACGACCUCGUCAAACACCACAAAUGGCCCGUCACCGAUCUUCGCUUCCUCGACACCGACUGUCUCGGCACUCCAUGAGGACGACACACACUCGGACGCCGAUACGCUUACCCCCGGGCUUGUGCUGAAUAUUUUCCUUUCGGUUGUUAUCACCGGGUUCAGUGUUUACUGGGCGUUGGCGAGCUUUUCGACGCCUGAGUUGUUGACGGAGGCGGUUUCGUCGGUUUGGGACCAGAACCAGGGGUCAAGGAGGGGCGGAGGUGUCUCUGAGGCUGUGAAGGUGCUGGUGUCGUUUGGGGCCGCGGUGGGGGUCGGCGUUGCGGAGGUGGCCAUCUAUGCGAUUUACCUGGGGAAGGUGGAGCGGGCGAGGAAGAAGGAGAGAGGGGUGAAAGAGAGGAAGGUGGUGGUUGGAAGGGAGGUUUUGGGUGGCGGGGAUGAGAGUGAGAGCGUGCAGCGAGUGGAUGGGGAGAAGGAGGAAAUUUGGGGGAGAGGGCCUAAUGGGGGGUUACGGAGGAGAGUGAGGGAGCGGUGGGAGGAAAAGGGAAAGGAAGGCGAUGGGGAUUGA